AUGCAAGGCGGCAGUAGCGCGGUUGUACGAAUCAUUCGAGGAGAGCGGAUGAGUACGUUCAACGGCGUGGUCAAGGAGUUUCCCGAGAUAAGGGUGGACUACUUCCGACCACAGCCGGAUCUUCCGCCCGUACAGGCGUAUCUCUUGUCGCAUGUACAUGCUGACCAUACAAAUGGGUUGCAAUCCCAGUUCUUCGGAGGUGCAUUCGUGUAUUGCACAGCGGCUACGAAAGAAAUCCUCCUCCGCCUACAAACGAAAAAGGACCGCAUACAUUACGCGGAAGGGCUGAUAGAGCAACGGCGAUGUACCUUCCAACAUCUGCAAUACAAGCAGAAGGACCUACUACGAGUCCUCCCAAUCGAUACACCAACCCUCAUCGAAAUAGGCGGCAACAGACAUAUCCGCGUAACACCCCUCGACGCAAACCACUGCCCCGGCGCAUGCAUGUUCCUCAUCGAAUCCGUCCUCCCAUCCCCCGCUCGCGCCGUCCUCUACACCGGCGAUAUCCGCUCCGACCCCUCCCAUAUCGCAUACCUCGCCUCCCACCCCGUCCUAACCCCCUACCUGGCUCCCACCGCUGCUGGACAGAAGCCGUUGAGGAUUUUGGAUAGGGUGUAUCUGGAUACGACUUUCGCGAUCUCGGGCGACGCACGAGUACAAUCCUUCCCGAGUAAAGCGGAGUCCUGUACGCUGUUGGUCGCCGAACUCGCGAAAUUCCCGCCUGAUACGGUUUUCUGGAUGUCGUCCUGGACACUCGGGUAUGAGGAGUUGUGGGUUGCUGCUGCGUCGGUGCUACAAACGAAGAUCCAUGUUGAUCGGUAUCGGUACGAAUUAUUCUCCUCUCUUGCGGCGCCGGGGGUUUAUAGGUGGGGGCCUUAUCUGGCGAACAGUGUUUGUACGAAGCAAGGUGAGGCGCAAGGGUCACGAAUUCAUGUUUGUGAGAGGUGGGGGGAGUGUGAGAGUAGGGAUCGGGCGGAGAGGGAGGGGAAGCUCGUCGUGGUCAGGUUGGUGAUAUUGAAGGGGGAGAAGGGGAAGGGAAUGGUGGAGCUGGGGGCGGAGAGGGUUUGGACGUUUCAGAAGAGUGAAUUGACGGGAGGUACGGAGGCGGGGACGGAAGAAGUGAAGGGGGUGGACAAGAUGUUGGGGGUUGUGGGGAGGAGGAGGGUGGAAGUAUUGGCUGCCGCGAAGAAAGGCAAGGACGUCCUCAGAGAAAUGAUUAAGAAUGACGGCACAAAGCUCCUGGCCGCCAUCCGACAGACCCCCAUGGACUCAGUCGCCCUCACCGCCUCCCUCAACACCUCCCCAAAUCCCCAAACCGUCAUCCACGACCUCAUCUCCCACCUCCCCUCCCCUCACGGACCAGCCAUGCACAUUCCAAGCGUCACCGUCCCAUUUUCCCGCCACGCAUCACUCACGGAGCUUCAGGCGCUCAUCAAGCUCUUCCAUCCUCGCGACAUAUAUCCGUGCGUGGUCGCUGAUGAGCGGCUGUCGUAUGUCAACAUGGAAGCUUGUUUCGGGCAUCUCGUCACCCGAACUGAGGGUGAGAAAGCUUCACAAGGGCGGUGGUUGUUUGAAUUCGAUGAGCAGAGGGAACGGAGGGGGUUUGAACGGGAGGAGGUGAGGAGGGCGGUGGAGGAGGUGUUAGAGGAGAAGUGGGCUGUUAAGGCGGAGGGGUUGGAUGUUGAGGAGGGGGAAGAUAAUGUCGCUUUCGAGGGAAAUGACUUACAGGAUGAGAAGGAGGCGGAGGGGGCGGUGACGGAAGCGGUGGUGAGGAAGGUGGAGAAGGUGCAGUCGAUACAGAUAAAGCGGUUGAGGAGGGAUAAGAGUAUGGACGUUCCGAUCGUGGCUAAGAAGGUGAAGCAUUCGACGUCGUCUCUGUCAGAGCCCUCGCUGCCGAAGCUAGAAGUGGAAAUAGAAGGCAGCAUCGGAGGAGGAGAGGUUUUGGGAACGCAGGAGCCGACGACGAGUCAGUCACGGGAAGUGGAGUCUUCGCCGCCGAGCGCGUGGAGGAGACGCACACCUCCGCCAAGGCGGGCAGUGGUGAAGGAGGUGAUAGAUGUUGAUGAGGCGCCCAAACCACGAGCGACAACUGUCGUCCCGACGCUACCUGUGUCUGUUGGGGCCAAUGCGGACAUUACAAAAUCUGCGUCCAUUGAGACAAUUGGCACAGCUAGUGGAAAAGGCAGACCCGGGCCAAGGGAAUUGCCGUGGGUAAAGACUGCUUCUGGCAAUGAACAAGUAAUGGUGGACGAGCACGAAGCAGAACCGGUAACGAACCAGACUCAUCGAGGUGAUGCUUCGCCGGUCAUGCAGAUUCGACGUGCACGACCACCAUCACCACCACCACCACCAGCAGCGAGGAAGCCGGGUGCAGUGUCUACCACCGAUGUCAUCAACUUGACUUCUGCUUCAGCACAGUCACACACGCCGCCGAGGCUUGAGAAGACUGAUACCCGUAAGCUUCAUCACUCCCGUUCAUUCACAGUUCUUCGCGAAAGUACCGGGCCCGAGACUCCCUUCAUUAAGCCCGAAGGCUCGGAUACCGAGGACGACGAAGACAUACUGGAUCAGGAUACCGUAGCUCAAAUUGGACUGGGACUGUCGCAGAGAAGCGCAAGUACCUUGGCGGACGACGAUGAUCCCGCUGAUCCAAGAGCAGUGGAGGAGUACAGAGUGGCAUAUAGCGAGGGAAAACGAAAAGAACUGGGGUGUAUAACGAUGAAUCUAGGUUGA